UGGGCUGGAAGGUCUGGGCGCCUGCCCCAGGGAGGGAGAGAGGGGCACAUCCUAACACAUGCUGCAGAGGUAGAUUCGACAUGGCAGAUGGACAGUGGGGUAUGGGAGAGGAGGAGUCAUCAAGGAUGGCACCAAGGCUGGGAGCCUGGGAGAUGGGGAGGCUGAUGGGGUCUUCGACAAUGGGAGGGCAUUCAGAAAGAUAAUGAGCUCAUCUUUGAACUUCUUGGGUUGGAGAUGUCUGUGGGAUGUCCAGUUUGAGAUUGUUUGCUGGGCAGUUGGAGAUGCAAGACGGGUGGGCAGGAGAUAGAAUCAGGAUAGAUCAGAGAAUCGUUUGUAUAGCGAUAAUUGAAUCCAGGGCUUUUGAUGAGAUCACCAAGGGAAAUGGUGUUGAGGGAAUGGAGAAGUAGGCCAGGCCAGAACCUCGGGGGUCACCUACUGCUAGUGAGUGUCGUUUGGAUGGAGAUGUAGCAAAGGAGGGGUUGUGGAGGGGGGAAGCUGGGAGAGAAGAACAUCAUAGAAACUGUUAGGCUAUGGAGGGCUCCAGGUGGAUGGGAAGGGAGAAAAGGGCAUUGGAUUAGCAAGUGAGAGUUUGGAAUUGUUCUUGUUUGAGUUGUGGUAGAUUGUCAUUGGAGACCACUGGUCAAAGGAGAAUUAUUAACCUCCUCAGAGAAGGUACCACAGAUUUCACCCACCAGCCUGUCUUCACUGUUCAAUUCAAAUGCAGUAGUAACUCACUUGCCAUUUAUUAACUUGCCCUGGUUUGUGCUAGGUGCUGUUCUUGAUGCUUUGGAUGGAAAAGGGUGAAUAAAAUGUGGGAAGCACCAUGUAUAAAGCAUUGUGUUAAGCACGGGGCACGUAGCAGAAAGUUCCAAAGGGACACGCCACCUGGGGAGAUCAUACAGAAGCUAGGGGUUGGUCCUUCGGGUUAGGUGCGGAAUGCCCACGUCCCGGCCUGCAGAGGAACCCUUAUCCAUCAUGUGCGUCUUCAGAGUAUCCAGGGAUCUUAGGGCAGUUCGAAGCUGUCAGAGCUUCAUCACAGUAAUACCAGGAGGGAAUCGGGGAAGACUUCCCGAGGGAGGUGACAGCUGUGGUGAGAGGAUUCUGACAGGCCAUGCGGCCUGACUGGUCUGGGCACCAUGCAUCGUUUGUGGCUGGGAGCAGGGGAGACUCUUUGGCCCCUGGGCUGGGAGUGACAGUAGAGAAUGGCUGGGGGCAUAUGUUUUUUCUGGUCUUGUACCCCAGAUCAAAGCAUCUCAUUAUUCACCGAGUAUAAUAAUUUUUUAAAAAAUCAGUAAAACUGAUCAACCCAAUAUACAUGAUGUGACAUAGACACUUCUUGGAUCCUGGUGGCUGCCAGUGAGCAGGUGUGGUCUUGCACACUUGUUCUUUGGGGCUGAUGGCCAGGGGCUGCUGGUUAGAAUACAGCUGCUCACAGAUGAGCAGCUCUGCUCAUUUUCCUUGUCUGCAUUCAGCAUGUUCAUUGUUUUUGCAGCAGAGUAAUAUUUUAUUACAUUCAUGUGUCACAGCUUGUAUAGAUCACGUAGUCCUUGGACGGUGUGCCAUUUCUUUGUUUCCAAUUAUUUGCUUGUACAAAAAGGUAUUGGGAACUUUAGUAUAUGUGGAGCCUUUCUGUUGUCAAGGUCAAUUACCUCCUUCAAUUAUAGUGAAAUGCCUAGUGGAAUCUCUGGGUAUGAACAAAUCAUCAUUUUAUUUGCAUAGUUUCAAAUUGCUUUCCACAAUAAUCAUAUGAUUUCACAGCUCCACCAGCAUCGCAUUAGCAUUCCUGUUUCUGCAUAAGCCCUGAAGCAUUGACUUUCACCAGGAGACCAUGAAUCAGACAGACAAAAACCAACAAGAAAUUCCUUCCUACCUAAUUGAUGAGCCACCAGAAGGCUCCAUGAAGGACCACCCCCAGCAGCAGCCUGGCAUGUUGUCCCGUGUGACCGGUGGCAUCUUCAGUGUGACCAAGGGAGCCGUGGGUGCCACCAUUGGGGGCGUGGCCUGGAUCGGAGGGAAGAGUCUGGAGGUGACCAAAACAGCCGUGACCACGGUGCCCUCCAUGGGCAUCGGCUUGGUCAGAGGAGGGGUGUCGGCCGUGGCUGGCGGGGUCACAGCUGUCGGCUCUGCAGUGGUGAACAAAGUGCCCUUAACAGGAAAGAAGAAGGACAAGUCUGACUGAGGGAGAGCAGAGCGAUGGAGAAGGUGACUCUGGCUCUCUGUGAACAGCACCGCGAUACCGGUGGCUCUGGGACUGCGACGGAGCCACCUCCUGGGGACGCUUCUCUUGUCACGCGCUGUGUGGGAAGUGUCGGGGACUGACUUUGAUCUGAGUCAAGCAGGUGCCAAGACUCUCAGACAGUUUGUGAAGCUUCCUCAGACUUUGAUUCCAGAUUUUUAAAUGGUGAAAUGUUACGCUCGUUCAGUAGUAACUGAAGGUAUAGUAUGUCUCAAUAUUUACUGUAGGUCUUUCAGUUCAGUUAAAAAUGUGAAAAUUAUAUUUAGUGGAUAAUCUUUGCCGUUCAUCCAUUGAUAAUGUGCCAGGGGACUCAUGGCCCUUAAGAGAGCUGUAAACUCUAAAAAACUGUACCUUUGAUGUGCCUAAUAGUUUUGGAUGUCUCUUAGUUUUUAAAAAUUGUAUUUUAUUUAGGCUAAGAGGCAUAUUUUGCUCAUUUAAGCUGGUAAGAUAGGAAUUGGAGAUGUUAAAAAGUAAACUUUGUGUGAUAAUCUCUGAGCGCUAGCUAUCCUUUGUUAGAUAUGCAUUAUGUUCAUUUAAUCAUUGAUGCCUUACAAGAGGACAUGUUUUCUGAUGCCCUAAAUAUCAUUGCAGUUCCUAGCUUUUGACUAUUUCAGUCCAUACGUGAAAUGAAGACUUUUUUCAUUUAAGAAAAGAAUCUCAGGAGUAUUUAAGUAAAGGCAAUUCUUAUCUUAUCUUGCAGAUAAGAAUUCACUCUUUUAUUGUCUGCCACUUACCAAAAACAUGACGAGUAGACAAAUCAACAUUUAAGCCCAUGUUCCACAAACUCUGGAGUAAAGUAUACCUUGUAGUGCCUAAAGAUACCUUUCUUAGCUGUUCACUUAGAAAGUCAUGUUGGAUGAGUUUCAUAUUAAGAGAUGUUAUACGUGUGACAGAUAACUUUUAUAGUUGUUUUUCAAGAAGUAGCUGCAGCAGCCAAGCCAGAUACAGAAUUCUUCACUCCUAUUCAAAAAAAAAAAAUCUUGUAGGGCUGGUUUAAAUCAAGUGGCACUACCAGCGAUUUUUAAGGACAUUGUAAGUUUUUGAGAACUGCUUUUCAAUUCUCCAGGUGAGCCUGAGGCAUGAAAUGGGUAUAAAUGCUUCCUUUCAGAUUUGUACCUAGAGGAUAUAAGAUAGAGUCUAAGCUUUAUAGACAGAGGGUUUCCAUCAUUUUUCUUUCCAUUUUUUUCUUUUAAAUUUUCAGCCAGUGAAUGAUUUUCUUGUUAAUGACAGUACUAGUUUCUGGUACUAGUGCUUUUGUCUCCCAAGAAUGAAUUUUUAGCAUUCAGUGUUCUUACUAAAUUCAGCUUCAUGAAAACAAACUAAGGAAAUUAUUAGAUGUUAUCUAAGGAGAUGAUAAUCUAGAUAAAUUUUAAGAGUUAUCUUUACACUUGAAUUUGAUAUUCUGUCUCUAAUCUUUGUGCUUUGGUCCUAUGUCUAAAUUAUACUUCUCAGCUAUACUUUGGGCUUACUUAGGGGGUCAUGUAGUGUGUUAAAAGUGAUGUCCAAGGGGACUUGAGCCAAACCACUUCAAGAUCUGGAGCUAAAUGUUUGUUUACAGUGAAGUAGUUUACCUUAGUGUGCAUCCUCACAUAGUUUGAGGAUUAUGUUCCUUAAUACUUAAAACUUUAUUUUUUUCUUUUUAAGCUUUCAUUGGCACCAUCACAGUUUAAGUGAAUCUAGAAUGUUCCACGAAAACUUUGUAUUGGACAUUGUUAGGACUGAAGUAUAGAGUUCAGUCCAAGCUUUAAAUAACUUGCUGUGCGGAGAAUUAGGAUGUACUCACUGGUUACAACUCUAAUUGAAAAGCAUUUGGAAACUGAGACAUGAACACUAUUGAAGUGGCUAAAGAAAACUUUUAUUGGCUAAAGAAAACUUUUAUUGAAGAAUUUAUUUACUGCUGUUUGGGAAAUUCUUUUUUGCUUAUCUAGUAGUUUAUUUUAUUCCUAAUUUAUCUUCUGCAGUCAUACUCUUCAAUGCUUUGUACCUAAAUUUCUUUUACAUGUAGAACUUUAGGAUUUGUUUGCAUAUUUAUUUUUAAUUGUGCUUGUCUCUUAAUAUUUUCUUGCAGUAAAAGUGUUGAAAUUUCCUUUUAUGGAAAAAUCAUCCACCCAUCUUACACGCUAUAUUGUAAAACUUGGUUCAUGUUCUAACCUUCAAGGGUGUUAAGUCAUUUUACAUGUAUUUUUGGGAAGGGCUUCCAGCAACAGGGCAAGGGUUCGGUUAGUGUAGGCGUCUGUGUCGGCAUGAACUUGCCAGUUGAUUAUAUGUACAACUACAUACUUGAUGUUUUAUUCCAAUUUAUUUACAUAGACUAGCAAUUUGACCCGUUAAACAGGAGGAGCUCAUUUCAAGAAACUUAAGGACAGUAUCCCUGGAGGCAUCUGUCGUUUGUGAUUGGAUGGCUCGAAUAAUCCGACCUGUUGAGUGGACAUUGGAAGAAUGAAGGUGUAGAAUUAUACGACUCACCCAAAUGACUGAGACAAUCAUGUUCAAGUGGUGUGCCAUCACUGUUGACAUCACGGAUCUGAUAUGGAGGGACUUGGUAACUGCUAACGGAAUGAAGGUUUUCUAUAAAAGGUGAUGGGAAAGAGAACUCAAAUUAGUAGAUGAGGAAAAGCACUAUGAGCUGCAAAAGAUUAAAUGUUUUAUAAAGACAUUAAGAAAAUAAAGAGAAUUUCAAAAAGACAUUUUAA